UUAGCCAUUACCAGCUUCAAAGACCAAUGAAAUUCCUGUCGCGGGAAUGUGCAGCAUGUCGGGGUUUCGGAAGGAGGAUGCGCUAAAAGACCGUGCGUAAACAUAUAUACUGUGUGCCGGUUAGUCGUGCGUACGUAGCGUCUACCUUGCAUCUACCUGUACAGUGCGGAGUUUACAGAGAUUUGAGAGAUGGCAGAAUGCACAGAAAAGAACAAUGACACUGCUGCGGAGGCGACUGGGGAAUGUACAAGAAGGGAAAGUGACUUUUCCGACGAGGACGUGUCUGAUGCAGCAAGCUUGGUGUCAUCGGUUGACUCAGCUGCAGAAGAUAUGUUUCCAGAAGGAGAUGAUCUUGACAAGCAAAACGAUUCAACUUAUUCAGAGACAGAGAGCGAUUCUGAUGCCUCUUAUUCUCCCCCUGCCAAGAGGUCACGGACAACUCGGGCAAGCAGUAGCUCCUCAUCUGAGGAUACCACGACCCCCUCCAGAAGAUCCACCAGAAAAGCAAGAGGUAGAGGCAGGGGGAAGGGGAAGGGGAGGGGCAGAGGAAGAGGCAGUAGUAGCAGACAAGAAGAAACACAAUCUGAGGAGAGGUGGUGUGGUGUUGAUGAGCCUGACAUAACACCACCCCAGCCCACCUUCCGCCCCGCACGACCACCAGGAUUACAGCACUUGGCUACAACUAAUUACUCUGCUUUGCAGCUCUUCCAGCUUUUUUUCAGCAACAGCAUUCUACAGACUAUUGUGAAUAACACAAAUGAACACGGUAGAGCCAACUAUGAUAAACCAUCCACACCAUGGGCCGAUAUCACGCUGCAGGACAUGUUUUCAUACUUGUCUGUUGUCAUCUACAUGGGGUUUGUGAAGUGUUCCUCUCUGACGGAUUAUUGGCGAGGAAGUAGAUUGUACUCUUUACCGUACCCACAGAGAGUGAUUACUGGAAAAAAGUUUCUCACCAUCUGUCAUGCUCUUCAUCUAAGCAGCACCGCAGAUGAUGCAGCAAAUGAUGCACGACGUGGCACGGCUGCCUUUGACCAUUUGGGGAAGAUAAAGCCGCUGUACAAUGACAUUCGAGAUGCCUGCCGCAGGAACUACCACCCAGGGCAGGAGAUUUCCAUCGAUGAGAGAAUGGUUGCUUCGAAAGCACGUGUGUCUUUCAAGCAGUACAUGAAAAGCAAGCCUGUGCGCUGGGGCUUCAAGCUUUUCGUUCUGGCUGACUCACACAAUGGUUACACUUGGGACUUCUUUGUGUAUGAAGGAAAGAGUGAGGGAAUCAGUGGCAAAGGACUCGGAUAUGAUUGUGUAAUGAGGCUGAUGAACACCAGUUUGAUGGGCACGGGGUAUAAAUUAUUUGUCGAUAAUUUCUAUACCAGUCCAGCCCUCUUCCAGGAUCUUCUGCAGCAGAGGAUCUGGGCCUGUGGUACCAUUAACAUGAGGACAAACAGGGUGGGGUACCCCAGAAUAGAACAAAAUGCCCUGGACUCAAAAUCUCCCCGUGGCAGCAUCCGUUGGAUUCGCACAGGCUCUCUCCUCUUUGUUAAGUGGCGGGACACAAGAGAUGUGUUCCUCUGCUCCACCAUGCACACAGCACACGGGAAGGACACAGUGAAGAGGAAGGUGAGGGACAACAGUGGCCGCUGGACUGUCAAGAAUGUUCCAGUUCCUCCAGCCAUAACAGACUACAACCGGUGUAUGGGUGGAGUGGACCUCUCCGACGCCCUCAUCGGGUACUAUCAAGUCCUCCAUAAAACAAGAAAAUGGUAUAAGACUUUCUUUUAUCAUUUUGUCGACAUUGCCGUUGUGAAUGCUUUCCUCCUCCACAAAGACCUUUGUAAGGCAAAAGGUGAAGUGCCAAUGCACCAGAAAACUUUCAGAGAGACACUUGCCGUGGAGCUGUCGGUGGUGGGCACCCAGAGAAGCACACCAGCGCAACCUUCUAGGCCCCUCGCGGCACAUCACAAGCCUGUACACAUCAGUGCUAGCAGUACUCAUGGCAGGCUGAAAUGCAGAAAGUGCCAUGCAAAGACACCCGUCAAGUGUUCCAGCUGUGAAAUUCCCCUGUGCUUUACCCCUGCCCGUGACUGUUAUAAUGCAUGGCAUGCUGAGAAUAACAUGUGAGUUGUGAAACUGGGGAAGGUGAAAUUGUAAAUAUGUAAAUAUGUAAAUCGUUGUUGCUGUGAAUAGUUUGUGUGUGUUUCAUUCACAUAAAGGUGUUAUUUUCUG